AUGGGGCAAGAAGGACCACCACCGAUAUCUGGUCUACGAGCUCCUCGCCGGUGGAGAUGCGCAUGCGCGCCUCAGGAAGAGCGCCAGGCAGGGCGCCGAUCACCGCCCCUUCCUGUGGCACGAGCGGCUGAGCAUCUGCCUGGACUCCGCCACGGGGCUGUCGCACAUGCACAACUCGAAGCCGAAAGCCUUCCACAGGGACAUCAAGUCCGCCAACAUCCUGCUGGACGCGCCGGCGCUUUUGCGCUCCUCCUCGCUGCCUGCUUCUCUGCUCCUGCUCCUGCCUCUCUCUCUCCUGCUCUUCCCUCCCUCCUCCCCUCCCUCGCCCCCUCCGACCAUCCUGCUCCUGGUGCUGCUCCCUCUCCGCUCUCUCUCUCUCUCUCGACCCUGCCUGUGCGGCGGUCAGUGCGGGUGAGGGGACUCCGCUCCCCGGAGUGUCCGGCGGCCCCUGUCCUUCCUCCCUUGCCCCUCUCCUCCUACCCCUUCUCCCCCAUCUCUCUCUCUCUCUCUCUCUCUCCCCCUCUGUUUCUUUGCCUCUCUGUCGCUCUGUCUCUCUGUCGUUCUCUCUCUCUCUCUUUCUCUUCCCCUGGCGCUCUUCCUCUCUGCCACUCUCUCUGUCUCUCUGUCUGUCUGUCUCUCUCUCUCUGCCUCCCCUCCGGCUCGCUUCUCUCGCAUCUGGCCUCCGACGAAGGACCGCCACGGCACGGCCAAGAUGGCAGACUUCGGCCUGUGCUGCACCUCCUCCGGGCUGCAGGGGGACCGCAGCGUCAAGGUGAACACCAUCAGCGGCACCCCUGGAUAUGCCUGCCCGAUCUACUCCAGGACCUCCAGUAG